UUUACUGAGUGGUUUUCUUUCUAUUGAUAAGAUAAAGCUGUUGUUACAAGUGACCAAAGUGGUAAAGAGGACUGCUACUACAGGCUACCUGAUCAAAAUGAAACUUUUCUUUUCACAGAUAUAAACACUACAGGUGAAGACUGGUAAAAAGAAACAUUGAUUUCUGAAGUGCCUGGAAAGGAAAAGCACUGGUCAGUAUCACGUGGACAAGCUCAGUGUUUUCCAAAGAUGCUGUUGAAGUAGUCUUUGCUACUGCUUUUCUUCACUCAAAGCUCUUCAUAACAUGGGCUGCAUGAAAUCAAAGCAAACUUUCCCAUUUCCUACCACAUUUGAGAGUGAGAAGCGGCAUGCAAGUGAAGAAAGCUUUAUGUCUGAAGAGAGAUUUCUACCUAGGAUGCCUUCUCCAGUUAAUGUCGAAGAGGAAGUGAAGGAACCACCAGGGCCCGAAAUGGUAGUCUUCGAAUUUGCACACCGCCUAUCCCAGGAAAUCUUGAGUGAUGCCUUGCAGCAGUGGGCAGGCAAUAACAUCAAGUACUAUGACAUCCCAUACAUUGAGAGCGAGGGGCCUUGA